CUGCAUUUAACACUGAAUCAUGUUUAACCCAAGGUCCCCUCGGUUUUAAUCUAGCUGAAAAAAAACUGUGACUACUAAACGUCUGAAUGGAGACAGAAAAAUACCGUAAAUAUUAGUGCGCUGAUAGGUUCCUCAUGCUCUUGCGCAAAGAGUGCCCAGACAUUUGUUUGUGAUGGGCGGGCGGUCGGUCGUCCUCAAGACGAGGAAAUGAAAGAGCACAGUUUCACUUUCGGUAGCUUGGAAACGGCGUAUGCAAGCGGCUUCAUUAACUGCGAGACUCCGGGGCUGCAAAUAUGUGGUACAGUAGAUACGCAAGGACUGAAGGGCCAGAUCGUAAUCACUCCAGGUUUGUAAACGAGGAACGGCAUCCCCGAGGCACUGACAGGUAUCAGAGGAGGAGCAGCGACCCCCAGGCCCGAUACUACAACCGAACCUUUUCCCCAAGCAACUGGUUCAGGGAUUACACCACACAACGUUCGUUCCAUGGAGGCUAUGGGGACGCAUUUUCGACAUACACCCCUCAGAGAACUCACUUCAGUCAGGUCCAGGCUCACGAAGUAGCUGAUCGACAACCAACGGACCUGAUGGGCAACACAACUGACAAGUGCAAUCAAUGCUCGGCCUGUUUAGUGAAGACGACUAAUCCAAUCAUCAGAACAAACACAAGUUCAGCAAAUGCAAGAAUCCAAGUCUUCAGUGAAAGAAAAUUAAACAGCGAUUCAAUGGAUAUUUCUACCAGAAAUGAAAUCCAAAGUCAUUCAACUACAGGCAUCAGCAACUGUGAAAAGAACAUCAUCAAUGUCAAGCAUGAAGAAAGGAGAUCUACUCAGUACAGUGAUGAUAGAACGUUUGUGGGGCUGAGAAACAUGGGCAACAGCUGCUGUGUGAAUGUUCUUCUGCAGACUUUGUUUAUGACUCCUGAAUACAGAAACUUGAUUUUGAGAUGCCAACAAGAAGACAUUCUGAAAGAUGAAUCUAACCACGUCCCAAAUCAGCUUCAUAAAAUGUUCCAUUGCCUGAAAGACACUGACCGUAGAUUUGCAUCAUCUUCAACGUUUAGUCGGUGCUUAGAGUUAAACUACAUAAACAUCAGGGUUCAAAUGGAUGCUGAAGAACUAUUUCGUUCCAUCUUCUGUCUAGUACAAGAUCAACUGAAGGGAACAGACCUUGUUGCAGAUAUUAAUAAACUUUACACCAUCACUAUUGAGGAAUAUACAAAGUGUACUCGGUGUCAACAAGAAACCAAGCAGAUUGGAAGCAUGCUGACUAUUCCCCUUUCUAUGUAUGAUGCAACAAAGCCAAAGCUUCAUAAGAAUAUAGAGAAUUCUCUUGCCUCGUUCUUUGAACCCCAAAUAUUAGACGCUUGUAAUAAGUGCUAUUGCAAUAAAUGUGAAGCAAGGACAAUCACAAGCAAGAGCUACAGUAAGGUUUCUUAUCCACAAAUACUGUGUUUACAACUGAAACGAUUCAAAGUUUCCGCAGGGAGAACAAAGAAAAUUUAUGAUUUAAUGGAAUUUCCUGAGACCUUGGAUGUGAAAAAUUUUAUGGAGGAGUCUCAUAGCCAAACGAGCAAGCUUCAGUACCAUCUCUUGUCUGUGAUUGUACAUACAGGCAGUGCGUUAUUUGGUCAUUAUUAUGCUUAUAUAAGGAGAUUCCCAGAAAUGGACUGGUAUUGCUUCAUGGAUGAAGUUGUCAGUAAGGCCACAUGGGAAGAUGUAAAAAGUACAUUUGGAUCGGAACAGACUCAUCCAGAAUCUUCACGUCGAAGUGGAUUUGAAAGCGGUGGAACAGCUUAUCUUCUAUUUUACCGUGGAAUGGAGCGAUUACCUUAGCUGCAGCACAGCAGACCUGAAGGAAUAUAACUAUCAAGAGGAUAUUGCAGAAUCUCGUAUCUCAUUACUUGUUGACUAUCUUUCCUAUAUUUGUUUAAAGAUUUAAAUGAAAUGCUUCAUAAAUUUAAAUUGGGCAUUAGCGGGUUGUCUGCAGUAAUCUUCAAUGGCUUUGAUUUUUAGUAAAAUGGCAUCCUAUGCUCUUAGGCCAGUUAAUUUAAAUCUAUUAUAAGUUAAAAUUGAUCUAAAAUAAAUAUCUGCAGAGCAGAAUUUUCUAAUUGGAUUCUCCAGGCCUGUUCUGAAUUUGUUGGAACCAUUAGAAGCUACAGGAAAAAAAGAAAUAUCUGAUUUGACAGACUUCCACCAUUCCAAUGAUUAAAUUCUAAUUUUGCAAGCAUCCUGGUCUGCUGUUGUAGCCAAAAUACACAACUGCAGCCUGUGCAAUAACACUGUCUAGCCUGGGAAAAAUUUUAGUCACCACAGCCUGACAAGGUCUACUUCUGUCAACCAGACUAUCAGCUCCAGCUGUAAGCUUGUCAACAGUUCCCAGAAACACACAAGCCUAUACUAAAAAGGAGUAAACUCUGAUGUUAUUGGACACAGUCUGUUUGAUUCCAACAGGCUAGAAAUCCAAUGGUGUUGGCAAAGCCCAGGAAUCAGUUACCUGUUUUAGGACCAGGGACAGUACCAGAUCAGUCCAACUGCAGUUGUAGAUGAAGGUGUAUAGUACCAGUGGGCAUGGGUCUGUCACUGUAUAAAACUGGAAUUACAGUAUUGGUUGGAAUAGGUGGGCCACCAUUUAAUAUUGGGGAACAAUGUUACUGAUCAGUUGAUCAUCGUGUUAUGGCUAUAAAACUGGUAAGUUUAGAUCUUUCGCUGCUGAACAACAUGGAUCUUGCAUUGUAUAAUGGAUAUAACACAGGAAAAUGCAGUAUUUUUCCUUAACACUACUCUAAAUAGUGGGGAAACACAGAUCAUACUGUAAAACUUGGUUGCAGUACAGGUAAACACAGGUCUGGCACCGGAGGGCAAUGUUACUACAGCAUUCAGGAGAUUUCGAUUUGAAACUCAAGUGGUCAGAAAGGGUGGUAAAACCUAAUUCAGUUCCAGAUUUUGGAAAGGAUUCAUGAAAGCAGCUGGCGGAGAGUAACUGGCAAUAGGAACAGCUGCAAAGAGAAUGAGUGGCAGUGGAUGUUGAGGUGAUGGAGAGGAAUACUGAAGAGUAGGGCAAUCAAAUGGAAUAAGGAAAGGAUGGAGUAAAGGGGGGGCAACUGGGACAGUGAUAGAAAGGUAGCGAGGACUGAAGCAGGAGGAGAAUCGGUAGGUGGCACAAGCACGUGCACAUGUGCCACGCUAAUUCUGGGAGCAGAACUUGAUUUCCAAUCACUCCCAGCUGGAGACGCGACUGACCCUGCUGCAGCUCAGUGUGAAUUCUCAUCACACAACAUCUUCAGAUCUUUUUAUCCGAAGCCUCUCUCAUUAAUUACUGGCUCAGACAAAGAAAAAGGCAAUACACGUGUGGGCAGUGAUACAGUACUUGUUUAUUAUAUUCUACCACAACAAUAUUCAUAUGUCAGCACAUGAUUAAUGAACAGACUUUUGGGUGAUGACUGUUGUUUGGAUUUCAUGUUGAGCUUGAACCUCAAUACUAAAAGCAAAAUUUUUGUUUUAGUUAUAUUUGAGAAAGAUUGAAAAACUAUAUUAAAGGACUGAAUUGAUUUUGUAUUUUUAUAUACUAAUUACAAGAGACUUCGUAUUGGAAUAUGUAAAAUAAAUAACUUCUAAAAUAA